GGGACAAGGCCGGGCGGAGAAAAGGGGAGGCAGACUGAUGGGUGAGGAUCCACAGACGCUUUCAGUCGCAUUCAGGACUUCAGGGAGGACAGACAACAGAACCCUUGAGAAUGAGCCUGAGACGAAGACAACUUAACCAAACACACAGCGACAGGCAGACGAGCCAAAGACAACUUUACCAAAUACUAAGAAGACAAUGAUGACUUUGCUAAUCCCCGUCAAUUAGGUGAGGGACAAAGGACAAGUUAACUAAUGCUUGUGAACUAGGACAGAGGACAACUUUAUAAAAUACUAAAACUAGUAGAGAUGCCAGAGGAAACUUUAUCAAACUGAUCACAACUUAAAAAGGAGUGUCUCAGUUUAAAGCCUCAAUGAGAUGGGGAACAUUUCUCCAAAAUAAUACACAACUAGAAUAAGUGCCUGGAUAUCUUUACUAAACACCUGUCAACCAAGAGAAGAACACUAUUUAUUCCCAAAACAUUAAUUACAGGAAGAAUUUACCUUUAGAAUAUCAACCCACUCCUAAAAGAAGUGAAACAACAAUCCUAAGAAGAAGCGGGCUCCAUCUCUACCAGCUAACUAUAUAAAUGUACCUAAACCAAUCACAAAUCAUCUUUACCCGAAAACCCACUGUUUUGAUGCGAGCCUACAUUGAAGAGAGAAGACACUGCCUUUCAAAAAUCAGCUCAGAAGCCAAACACUGAGAGCAGCCUACACCGUGAGUAAGUCAGCUUAACCAAGCACAUAAAACGUUCACAAGUCUCAAAUCAUCUUUACCUGGAAAACCACAUUGGUGAAAGGACUGGACACUUUAGAGAAGAGGCUUGUCCAUGUGUUGGUUCCGUGUGGUGUGGAUGCUGAGAGGUAAGACAAGGAUGAGUGUGAAGAGAACAUCGAUGGCAGGCGGGUCGAUGAGGUGCCAUCCAGCUUAUAUGUAAACAAAGUGCCAUACCCAUGCUACGACCAGCCUGGCACAGAGGGGGGUGGGCCCUGGGGAGUACCAAACUCUCUCCUUUACUCCUACUGCUCCUCUCCAGUCUGCAGGAUCCCCCAUUAACUGACGCCACGAAGAUGAAACUUGAAGAGUUGAUCUCUAAACGGAAUGAAUAUAGGGAGAACUGCACCAGGAUUUUAGCAGAAAGCAUCUUCUCAGAAACUGGAAUCUACUGUAACGGGAUGGUUGACGUGUUUGUGUGUUGGCCCCACUCAGCCCCCGGUAACGUGUCAGUGCCCUGUCCUUCCUACCUUCCCUGGAUUACAAAGGAUGACUCCAGGAGAGUGUACAUGGAGUGUCUGUCCAAUGGGUCCUGGCGACUCCAGGAGAAUUCUACGGAUGUCUGGCGAGAGAAGACAGAAUGUGAUGACCAAGACUUCUUUAAGCCCGAGGAGGACGAGUGGUUUCGCCAUGCAGCCCUUAGGGUCAUCUCCAUCGUCGGCUACUCUCUGUCUCUCUCCUCCCUCUCUCUGGCCACUCUGCUCAUGGGCAUUCUCAGGAAGCUCCACUGUACGAGGAACUACAUCCACAUGAAUCUGUUUGUGUCUUUCAUGUUGAGAGCCAUGGCCGUCUUCAUAAAGGAGAUUGUGUUACAUGUCAUGUACACCAGGCUACCCAGUGACGACCAAGGGUGGAACUCAUACUCCAACUCAGUGAUAACGGUGGUAUGUAAGGCCUCCCGGGUGUCCAUGGAGUAUUUUGUAGCCUGUAACUACUUCUGGCUCCUGGUAGAAGCAAUCUUCCUCCAGACCCUCCUCUUCACCGACGUCCUCACCAAGAGACGGCUGCUCAAGAGAUACAUGCUCAUUGGCUGGGGUACUCCAUUCGUGUUUGUGGUGCCAUGGACAGUGAGCAAAGUUUUAUAUGAAAAUAAAGGGUGCUGGAACAAUGAGAAUAGAUGGAUCUGGUGGAUAAUAAGGGGACCCAUCACUUUAUCUGUGUUGGUCAUUUUCUACAUAUUCAUCAAAAUACUAAUGUUGCUGCUCUCAAAGUUAAAGGCAGACCAAGUGAAAUUCACAGACUACAGAUACAGCUUGGCCAGGGCUACGAUAGUCCUGAUCCCUCUACUGGGGAUCCACGAGGUAGUUUUCACUAUACUGAUAGAUGAGAGUGUGGAGGGAAGCAGCCGCUAUGCCAGGAACUUCAUUAACCUCACUCUUAGCUCCUUCCAGGGAUUCUUGGUUUCUGUGCUGUACUGCUUCGCCAACGUAGAGGUCCAGACAGAGUUGAAAAAGCGAUGGCAGCUCUUCCUGUUCACAAACCACUUCCAGGUCACGCCCUGCAUCGACUUCCGGGGCGAGCCCCUCAAACAUCUGUGGAAGUGCUCUAGAGGCCGACGCCCCCAUGGCUCCCAGCAGAGUGAAUCAUACGAGGAGGGGGGUGGGCCUGCCACACACUCCCACUUGCUGCAGGUGGCCUUGCAGGGGCAAGGAGGGCGACGAGAGGUGGAAGGAGGGGAGGUGGCAGGGUGGCGAGAUAGGGAGAGAGACACGGGAGGAUUGGAGUUCCACACCAGGAAGAGCCUGUCAAGUAGCGAUGGAGAGAUGACGCUGGGAGAGACCAUGGAGGAGAUACUGGAGGAGAGCGAGUUCUAACCUCCUCCAUCUUGUGGACACUCCCUGUCCUGGUUGGUUAGGUUACUUUGUAAAUAUAAUCUGUUACAGUUACCUGUCCAAAAUUGUAGCCAGUAAUGUAACUUUUGGAUUACCCAAACUCAGUAACAAAAUCGGAAUACUUUCAGUUACUUUUGGAUUACUUUCCCCAGAAGAGGCGUUCGAAGAAGACAAAAAGGAUCCAUCAAACGCAUUUGGUGUGUCAUCAUAGUGGCCUCAUCAUAGUGGCCUCUGCCACACUCAGGUGGAACGAACUUGCCCCUUUUUUCAAUACUGAAUUGAUUGUCAUUGAGAAAACCGAAACAAACAUCUUUUCUGAAUUUAAAAGUAAUUCAAGAAGUAGUCAUCUAGUUUCUCAAAAGUAUCUGUAAUCGGAUUACCAUAUUUUAGCUGUUUUUUUGUAAUCAGUUACUCCCAAACCCUGCUACCUCCCUUUCCGGACUGCUAUGAAUUGUUACGGUGCCUUGUUUCCGGACAGAUGGGGAGAAUCUCAAUUGCAUGCUCCUUGCGUCUUCUCUCCUCUCCUCCUUCUCAAAACCCAUUUGAGGAGAAGGUCAAAGGGGAGAACCCUGGUUUUCUCAUCCAAUUGGGUUUGAGAAGGAGGCGAGGAGCGAGGACGUGAUACUAGUCCUUGCUUGGAUAGACAAUGAGAUUGGUGUUGUUGUAUCUUUGUACAGAUUCUUUGUAUGGUACAUUUGUGUAUCGUUUUGUUUACGUGGAUGUGAGUAAUGUUCCACUAUAAAGAAAUAUGAGUUUUAUGAAAAAUCACAAUUACAUACACUGAGUGUACAAAACAUGCUCUUUCCAUGACAUAGACUGACCAGGUGAAUCCAGAUGAAAGCUAUGAUCCCUUAUUGAUGUCACUUGUUAAAUCCACUUCAAUCAGCUUAGAUGAAGGGGAUGAGACAGGUUAAAGAAGGAUUUUUAAACAAUGACACAAUUGAGACAUGGAUUGUGUAUGUGUGCCAUUCAGAGGCUGAACGGGCAAGACAAAAUAUUUAAGUGCCUUAGAACGGGGUAUGUUAGUAGGUGCCAGGCGCACCGGUUUGAGUCAAGAACUGCACCGCUGCUUGGUUUUUCACUCUCAACAGUGUGUAUCAAGAAUGGUCCACUCCCCAACUUGACACAACUGUGGGAAGCAGUGGAGUCAACAUGGGCCGGCAUCCCUGUGGAACACUUUCAACACCUUGUAGAGUCCUAGACAUAUGGAGUCUGUUCUCAGGGCAAAGGGGGGGUGGGGGGGUGGGUGUAACUCAAUAUUAGGAAGGUGUUCCUAAUGUUUUGUACACUCGGUGUAUAUUUAUGUACCUACUUUUUAUCAGAAAAACAAUCAAAUUACUCAAAUAAACAUUAUCACAUAAAGGUACUUCCUGCAAGUAUAUAAACACAAUAGAGGAUUAACAGGUAAGUGUACAUUUUUUGUCGUCAGAAAAUGUUCAUAUUGAAGAGGACAGUCUGAAGGAUACGUGUUACAGUUCAUGUGCAUGAUGUGGGUAUUAUGUAUUUGUCAUAUCUAAAAGCGUAUAGUGGUACAUUAAAGACAUUUUGUAUUACCGUU